AUGCUAACACCACUCCACACACUACUCUACAUACCAAUCCACCUACCACUCCACAUACCACUCCACAUACCACUCUACACACCACUCUAUACACCACUCCACAUACCACUCUAUACACCACUCCACACACUACUCUACAUACCAAUCCGCAUACCACUCCACAUACCACUCUACACACCACUCCACAUACCACUCUAUACACCACUCCACAUAGCACGCUACACACCACUCGACACACCACGCCACAGACCACGCCGCACACCAGGCGACCAACCACGCGACACACCACGCCACACACCACGCGACACACCACGCCACAGACCACGCCACAAACCACGCGACAAACCACGCGACACACCACGCCACAGACCACGCGACACAGCACGCCACAGACCACGCCACACACCACGCCACAAACCACGCGACAAACCACGCGACACACCACGCCACAGACCACGCGACACAGCACGCCACAGACCACGCGACACACCAUCGCCACAGACCACGCGACACAGCACGCCACAGACCACGCCACAGACCACGCCACAGACCACGCGACACAGCACGCCACAGACCACGCGACACACCACGCCACACACCACGCGACACAGCACGCCACAGACCACGCGACACAGCACGCCACAGACCACGCGACACACCACGCACACACCACGCCACAGACCACGCGACACACCACGCCACACACCACGCGACACACCACGCGACACAGCACGCCACAGACCACUCUACACACCACUCCACAUACCACUCUACACACCACUCCACAUACCACUCUACACAUCACUCCACAUACCACUCUACACACCACUCCACACACCACUCUACACACCACUCUACACACCACUCUACACACCACUCUACAUACCACUCUACACACCACUCCACACACCACUCUACACACCACUCCACACACUACUCCUCAUACCACUCCACUUACCACUCCACAUACCAUUCCACAUACCAUUCCACAUACCAUUCCACAUACCACUCCACACAAUAUUUUUGUAUAGGGUAGUGUUGUAUCAUUUCUCUACCUAUUUUUAUACAGUAUAUGAUAUAUAA